AUUGUUGCGAAAGGUGAGCCGGCAACACUGAAUUGUGCAGCAAAAGGUCCAGAUUUGCAAAUUACAUGGUUCAAAGACGGGGAAUCAGUGAUAACAAAUAACGAGGAGAAGAAUUCACAUCGUUUGGUGCUACAUACCGGUGCUUUAUUCCUACUUCGAGUUAAUAAUGGUAAAGGAAAAGAUGCGGAUUCAGGAACGUAUUACUGUGUGGCGAAAAAUAAGUUUGGUGAAGCGCGAUCCAGGGAAGCUUCGCUCAAGAUUGCCAUGUUACGAGACGACUUUAGGAUACGGCCAAGACCCAUACAGGCUGUGAUUGGCAAUAAAGCAGUACUGGAAUGUUCGCCACCUCGUGGAUUUCCGGAGCCGGUCGUUUCUUGGCGCAAAGAUGAACGAGAAUUGCGUCCCCAGGAUGAAGAUGGGAUCGUGCUGCAUCCGGGUGGCAGUCUCAUCAUUGAAAAGGUACAGCGAUCAGAUGCCGGAUUCUAUCAGUGUGUAGCAACGAAUAUGGUCGGUGAAAGAGUGUCAAAUUCCGCUCGUUUGUCUGUCUUCGAAAAGCCGUAUUUCUUGGUUUUUUAA